GUGGGAAGACCGUAUACGGUACGUCAACAAAGAAGGUUGAGGCGCGGCGUGUAUCAUAUUCAUUACAUUAUGAAUAUUUACACCAUUGAUUAAGGAUUGGUACAGACUGGAUUGAUCAUCAAACAUGUCUCUUUUCGGAGCCCAAACUUUGCAGCUGUUUUGGCUCUUGGCCUUCGGGAUAAUCUAUAGUUCUGCGAGCUCAUUCAGAUUGGCUUCGUACUACUCGAGUCACAUGGUACUGCAGAUGGAACCAUCGAGUGCUGUUGUCUGGGGUUACUCUGACAUGGGAGCUAAUAUCACCCUGGGAUUUAAGGAAAAGCUCUAUCAAACUGAGGCACAAACAGCUUCUUUUACUGCUGAAGGUGUAUGGCGAGUGACCCUUGACCCCCAACCUCCCAGUGGCCCCUUCACCAUCAAGGUGACCUCAAACAACCAAGGAGUUCAAGAGGUCAUUCAACUUGAAGACGUUCUCUUUGGAGAUGUGUGGGUUUGUAGCGGACAAAGUAACAUGGCAUUUGAUGUCAAACAGGCUUUCAAUGGAUCCGUUUCAAUGGAGCAGUCUUAUCAAUAUACAGACAUCAGGGUUCUUUCUGUCUUCCAAAACGAUUCAGCAGUACCAUACUAUGACAUUCCAGGGCUCUAUAAACCUUGGGCAAGACCCGAUCCUGAUGUACUGGGGAAAGGAGCACCGGGAUUCUUGUACUUCUCAGCUCUUUGUUGGUUUUAUGGAGUCAAUCUUUACAACCAUCUCAAGUACCCUAUAGGACUGGUUUCAUCAAACUGGGGUGGGACCCCGGUGGAGGACUGGUCAUCGCCGGAUGUUCUAGCAAAGUGCAAUGUAUACAAACACAGUAUCCUGAAGAGGGAGAAAGAUAACUUAGCGAUAGGAGGUCCGCAUGAUCAUAGUGGACUAUGGAAUGCUAUGAUACAUCCAAUGAUUAAUAUGACCAUCAAGGGAGCUAUAUGGUACCAGGGUGAAGCCAACACUCCAUCUCCAUCAAGCUACAAGUGUCUCUUUCCAACCAUGAUUGAAGAUUGGCGAGAUAAAUGGUACCAGGGUACCGGUGGCCAGACAAACCCAUCCUUCCCUUUUGGAUUUGUUCAGCUAUGUACCUCAAGUAAUCCAGUUACCAGAGCAGAUGAAAACUAUACCGCCCUCAGGUGGCAUCAGACGGUAGACUUUGGUUUUUCACCUAAUCCUCAUCAACCCAAUGUGUUCAUGGCUGUUGCUGUUGAUCUGCCAGAUCUCACCUCACCAUAUGAAGCGAUCCAUCCGCGUUACAAGCAGGAUGUAGCCAACAGACUGACCUUAGGAGCGCGUGCUGUGGCUUACGGCGAGGGGGAUGUCGUCUACCAAGGUCCGUUCCCUACAGCAGUCAUACGGAUUGCUUCCGCAGACCUCCUUGUCGAGUUUGAUGAUGGUAAAGAUGUUCUCAGGAUGAACAAUGCCAGUGGUUUUGAUGCAUGUUGCAACUUAUCGGCAGAAGACUGCCCUCUUGUGGGCAUUAGUUCACCAUGGAAACCCGUCACGUCCGGCUAUGAGCUUGGCAAAGCGCACAUCUUCUUUCAAGAUCCUUGUACUGCUAUAGGGGAGAGAGCCUCGAUGGUUCGCUAUAACUGGCGUGAUAUGCCUUGUACAGGCUACAAGAAUUGUCAGCUCUAUGAUGCUAAGUCAAAUCUGCCUGUACCGCCUUUCAUUAAGGCUGUUGAAGAUGGCAGCCGUCUCAGACCAAAACUUAAAUUCAGUCCUUCGGGUCUUUAAGUACUUCUUUAUCACAUUUAUUCAGAGACCAAAUUGUAUGUUUCAAUCAUUUUCUUUUACAUUUAUAUCUGUUAACUACAAUAUAUAUUUACAGUUUUCUUGUUUUACAACAAACUUUUUUUUUUUUUUCUGUAUUGUAUUAUUUUUUUGUGCAGUUUAUCAAUCUGUAUGUAAUUGUUUCUGAAAUACAUAUUGAGUUUGAUUGUCUUUCAUGUUUCUCUAGCUGUACAAGCUUGAGAUCACUGCAAUGUCAGAGUACCUGCUGCAAGCAUGGCAUCAUGCUGAGGGUCUCUUUAUGUAUUCCGCAUUUCUUUUAAAGGUUCAGUUCACUCCUUUUUAUAAAUUGAAUUAUUUUUGGAAAUAUGUAGAUUGUAUUUGUUUGGAUGUUGACAUAAACCUUGGUAUGAAAUAUAGGAUCAUGAUUGAGGUGUACCUGUAUCUUGUUUUAGUUUUUAAAAACAUUUUAUACCUAUUUUUACAUAAUGCAAUAUA